ACUUCUUUGCAAGAAUAAAGAUUUUUGUAAACUAUCUGAAGAAUCCGGAUCUUUAAAAAAAAAGAGAUUUUCUUGAUUGUUAAGCACAAGAAGACAACGAAUAAAAUGUCAGUAUUGAAUCAGAGUGGAGAUGAUGUGGUUGAGUGUCCACUAUGUAUGGAGCCACUUGAAGUUGACGACCUAAAUUUUUUCCCAUGCACUUGUGGUUAUCAAAUCUGUCGAUUCUGUUGGCAUAGAAUUCGAACUGAUGAGAAUGGACUGUGUCCUGCAUGCCGUAAGGCGUAUUCUGAAAAUCCUGCUGACUUCAAGCCCCUCUCAAAGGAAGAAAUUUCUAGGCUAAAGGCAGAAAAAAGAUUAAAAGAUCAGCAACGGAAACAGCGCGUUACUGAAAAUCGUAAGCAUCUUGCAAAUGUAAGAGUGGUCCAAAAAAAUCUUGUUUUUGUCGUUGGACUGCCAAUGCGUUUAGCAGAUGCUGAUGUUUUGAAAAAACAUGAGUAUUUUGGAAAAUUCGGAAAAAUUCACAAAGUCGUUAUAAAUCAAAGUACAUCCUAUGCGGGCUCACAAGGUCCUAGUGCAUCAGCUUAUGUGACAUACCAGCGUCAAGAAGAUGCUCUUCGAGCGAUAGAAGCUGUAAAUAAUAUAGUGGUAGAUGGUCGGACGAUAAAAACAUCCUUAGGUACCACAAAGUACUGUUCGCAUUUUAUGCGCAAUCAAAGUUGUCCAAAACCAGAUUGUAUGUAUUUACAUGACCUUGGAGACCAGGAGGCAUCGUUUACGAAAGAGGAAAUGCACCAGGGCAAACAUCAGGAUUACGAAAGAAAGCUCGUGCAAUCUCUACACAUCAACACUGCGUCACAACGCAAACCAACACCUUCACCACCUGUGACUGGAGGAGUCGUGAGAGAAAAUGGGCCCAACACCCAGUCCAAAGAAGCGUGGCCAUCGUUACAACCAGGCCAAACAAAAGAUAUUCAACCAAAUUAUAAAGAAUCAACGUCAUCCACACAAACAAACAAUGUGGUAAUUAAUGAAAAUUGUACAAAUGGCACUGCGCAAAACAAUUCGGCAUCGUCGUCGCAAAAACAGAACAAUAACAAUAAAGGGGAAAGUGGUGUGAGUACCAGUAGUUCCUCACGGCGGGGUAAAAGUAACAGCGAAAGUAAAGCUCAAGCAGCGCGGAAUAAACACAAAAAUUCACAAAACAAGGAAAAACAUAGUAGUACAAAAACCCCGUCGCGAUCCGAGUUAACCGCCAACAAUGUGAUGCACGGGCAAAAUUCGAUGCAGCCUCAAAUCAAUGGUCAAAAUGAAGUUGUGAAUUCUAAUGUUGAAUCAAUACCCGUGACUACGACGACAAUACCCUCGACAAUGAUGACUUUGAACAGUGAACUAGUGGUACAAAAAUUAAGUGCUAAAUUAAAUACAGAUCCAGUUAAUCAGCAACAGCCUCAACUAACACAAAUAGUCUUACAACACAAGACGUCAAAAUUAGUGCAACAAAUCCAAGAUCUCAAGAUUAAUGGCAUUGUACAAAACGGAGAUCAAAGUCACACAGAAAGUCUUGAUUUCAUGGUGGAGAUCCAAAGAGAGGGUAGUACACCAGCAAGUACAGUAUCUAGUUCUGAAGAUUCCAAUGCAAAUCAUCAAGUGGAACGUCUAAUUGAAUCUAAUGAAGAAAUAAAUAACGCAGCUAUUUUAGGUACUUCCCCAGCAAGUACAAAUUCAUCACAAAGUUUAAGUCAACAGCCACCCCCAGGAUUACAUUCCACAAAUAUUGUUAGCAGCACUCAAGCGCAACAGAUCAAUUGCAGAUCUAUUUUUCAAUCGGAUAACAAUAGUUUCUUUAGUUCAAAUACUUUUCAAAAGAUUCCUACCAGCACGACGUCCACUCCUCCAACGUCACAAACAGGAAAUGCAGGAGUUGAUUGGGCGAAUUCAGGAAUCGCACCAAUCCCUGAUUCUUUACCUACAGUGUACUCUAGCGAAAAUUGGCAAGCGGCUUUUGGCUUCCAGACCGAAAUCACGCCACGGUCUUCUCUUCACAUUUCGCCUAAAACAAGUCCUUCGCCUCCUCCCCGCAUAUCUUUCAGUAACGAAGAUUUUGUCAAUACUGAGGAUACGUAUAUGAAUGCAACUCACUUUAAUACUUCAUUAACGGAAAAUCCGGCAAAUAGUAUAGCAUCCAGUCUGCUUGCUAACACACCCGCAUCGAAAUUUAUGACGGACUUCCAACAAAACUCGUUACAACCGAGGUUAGCCAUGCAGAACACUCAAAAUCAAGAAAAUGGUGAUUAUGUGAAGCAAAAUGGACACGCGACUCUAGGUGAAUUGCACAAACAACAGGAACAACAUCGACAAGUAAAUUCGGAAGUGAUGAAAGCUGAUGAUGACCUGGGUUUUGAUCCAUUCCACGAGACGCAAAAAGCUUUGGCAGAACUCAUGGAAAAUGAAAUACAGAUUCAACAGCAAAGGUUGUUUCAACAUCAGCAACAGCAACAGAGAGAGCGAGAAGAACAGACGAGAGUACAGCAUCCACAAAAUUCGAUUGGUCUCGCUCCACAUCAUUUUCCUCAGGUGACUCAUCUAGCACAUUUACAACAACAGCAACAGCAGCAACAACAGCAACAGCAAGCUGCCCACCUACAAAAUUUGCAAGUUCUUCAACAGCCUCACUCGCUGAUUUCAAGACUGCCACAAUCGUUGCUGCAGCCACAACAGCCACCACAGCAGCAGAACGGAGGUGCGCAAAGUCCAGUUCAAGGAUCAGUUACUGUUGCCAGUCUUGGACAAAGAAGUAGGUUACCACCUCCAGGAUUCCCAAGCUCGACGCCUAAUCACAUGAAUUCUUUUGGCCUCGGCAUUCCUCGGCCAGCUCCUACUGCUAACACUCUUUCAGACUUGCUUAUGUCUACAGGUAGUAAAAUACUGCCGUUCGUGAGUCAUUCUUCUGGAGUCUUGUUCACGGGGGCACAACAGAAUUCACAAGCCUCGUUUCUUCAAAACCAAAAUCCUCUCCUCAAUUCUCAAGGAGUUAGUAAAUGUGCCAGCGAUACGAUGUAUACUUUAAAAGAUUGGUGCGAUAUAAGUACUCAACAACAACAGCAGCAGCAACAGCAACAGCAACAGCAACAGCAACAGCAACAGCAACAGACACAACAACAGCAAUUCCAUCACCAGGCGCUUUAUCAGAAAGCAAGCUGGAACAACUUUGGUUCAGUUUCGGAUUUGAAUCCCAUUGAUCCGGCCAUCGUGAGUUCCCGGCUUCUUCCAUUCCAGAAUGCUACGACUAGCAACACAUGGCAGUUUUCUCAUGGGCACUCUUCACACAGUGUGGCUCAUAGUAAUCAACAGGAACAAAACACCAGUCCCGCUCAGCACUGGGCAAUGCAACCACCACCCGGCUUUGCUGCCUCAACAUCAAGCGUUCCUCUGAAUGUCCAGCAGACGACGACAGCUGUUCAAGCGCACACAAAGUUCAUCUCAGUGGGAUCAGAAAUCGAGAGUAAGAUACAUAUUUUAAUUAGUAUACAUUUUCUUUUUACCUGGGCUGAACGAAGAUCUUUGAUAUUGUUACUACAAGGUUUUUUCGAAGGUCUGGCUUAA